UGCAUGCCGGGCGCCCUGCCCGCCGUGACGCUGCACAUCGCACCCGGUACCGCCACCGGGGCCCGCGGCCAUGGCGGGCGUGAAGGUGAUCGCCAACGACACCGAGUUCCAGCCCGAGCUGAGCGCCGCCGGCUCGCGCUUGGCCGUGGUGAAGUUCACCAUGAGGGGGCAUUUUUGCUGCCAGGGCACAGCUGCCACCAACAACAUCUCAGCAACCCCCACAUUCCUGUUUUUCCGGAAUAAAGUACGGAUUGAUCAAUACCAAGGAGCAGAUGCUGUGGGUUUGGAAGAUAAAAUCAAACAGCACCUGGAAAAUGAUCCUGGCAACAGUGAGGACACAGACAUCCCAAAAGGAUAUAUGGAUCUGCUGCCUUUCAUCAACAAGGCUGGCUGUGAGUGCCUCAACGAGAGCGACGAGCACGGCUUUGAGAAUUGUUUACGCAAAGAUUCCUCCUACCUGGAGUCCGACUGUGACGAGCAGCUGCUUAUCACUGUAGCUUUUAGUCAGCCUGUCAAGCUUUACUCUAUGAAACUUCAGGGGCCAGACAAUGGCCAAGGGCCAAAAUACAUCAAAAUCUUCAUCAACCUGCCGCGCUCGAUGGAUUUUGAGGAGGCAGAACGAAGUGAACCCACCCAGGCCCUGGAGCUGGGCCCRGAUGACAUUAAAGAAGAUGGGAUCAUCCAGCUCCGUUAUGUAAAAUUCCAGAAUGUCAACAGUGUCACUUUGUUUGUUCAGUCCAAUCAUGGCGAUGAGGAGACGACAAGAAUCACAUAUUUCACAUUUAUUGGCACUCCAGUGCAAGCCACCAACAUGAACGACUUCAAACGAGUAGUUGGCAAAAAAGGAGAGAGCCACUAGGAAGCAAAGCCUUAUCCCAGUCCAAGAUUCCCAYUUUUCUCCUCGACUCCUGGAUAAUUGCUUGACCAUAGCCAGAGACUGUCGGUUUGAUUUACUGCCAUUUCCAAUAAAUCAUUGCUUUGAGCUGGACUGUGUUCCUGGUGUAAUCCUCCUCUUCCAUGGAUUUGGAAAUAAAAAUUCCUGACUUUUUGCCAAGUUUGGUACUCCCAAAGAAUUGUGGCUCCUUUGUUGCCAAAUAAAAUKAAAAUUGGAGUUCCUUUGGAUUGUUAUUCCCAGCAAAUACAGAUAAUUCUUGGAUAGGAGUAACUUCACUUUUGCAAUUCCCAUUUACUCCAAAAUGGGAGCAGAGGAAACAGAUUUUAAAUCAUCAUUCCCUGCAUUUCCACCCAAAUUCCUGAGCGUUCCAAAAGUUUUUAACACAACAAAAUCUCUGAUCUUGUUUCCCAGGCGAGCUGGGAUUUAAAUGUUUCUCCUUCCUUCUUUUCYUGGAUGUUUUUUCUCUCUCUGAUUUCAGGGAAUAUUUAUUGCAAAUGUUACUUUUCCAUCCUAAUUGGAAUUUUUGUACUAUUUAGGGCACAUUUCCAAGAAAAUUUACCAAAUUAAUGUUGGUACAUCAGGCAUUGAUCAGCACCAUAUCCAUAGAAUUCUGUAAAUUCCCAGGAAAACUUGCUCAGUGUUUAAUUGCCAUAAUUAAUCUCUUUGUAGAGUUAAAUUUACUGCAUUUUUAAUUACGUAAAUCCCAUUAAAACUUAAAUCCUCGCCUAAUUGCUGUUCCUUGGACACACUGGGGCGGUUCUUUUCUGCCUUGGCACGUUUGGAUGUUCAUCCCUAGUGAAUUUUCUGUUAAAAAAGAUUUUUUUUUUUCCAAAURGAAAACUGGAAAUUGUCUAACAAAACCUUAUUUUCUGGGAUUGUUUUCACUAUCACUACACCAUCCAGGAUACUCCCAGAGCUGURUUGGUCAAUGGCAUGUUUAAUUCCUCUCCUAAUUCCUUACUCCUUUGUUUGCAGGGAUAUAAAACACGGAAUUAUAUCUAAAAAUAAAUAAUUUUUAAUACGAAAAAAAUUCCCGCUUCUGCUUUUGUGCCCUCGUGGGGAAGCGCCUCGUUGAAGGAUUUUCCUCAUUGCUACCUGAGCUAUUUGAUUAGCUCGCUGAGUAACUCAUCCCAAAAAGGAAAAGGAA